AUGAUUCCCGCCAUUUACCAUGGUCAAGUGUCUCAGCAUCAGUAUCAACCAAUCAACGGCGUCAGUACUGAUUAUGUAUCCAACCAAUCACAACUAGAGACAGAAAACAGCUUUAGGCAGCCACUACAUUUUCCGGGGUUUCAGCCGUUCAAUAUUACGAUAGCUAACAACAAUUUCUACCACCAGCCAACAAUAGCUUCCGGCUUUCCGUCGACGGCAUCGUCUGAAAUAAGAACUACGGAAACAAAUGCGGGACAUAACUCUGAAUCAUUCCACGCACAACAGGGUGAUACGACAACCGCAGUUAUGUCAGCCCUUCACCAGACUACACCUACAAAUGAAAUUAACAUUGUGCCAAACAAAACCGUUGACAUGUUUACGUCAUACCAACAAACUUCGCCUCAGAGCCAUCACACGCAGAUACCGUCGCCGCAGCAACAGCAGACGAACCCGUCUCCACUCGGAGAACUUCGGCUGCCAACGAUCAAGACUUCGGCUAACGUCGCAGCUAAUGUUAUGUCCGAGGAAUCCGAUCUGGGUUACUGUAGUUUCUCUGACAUUUCAGCAUUACAGGAGAUUUCGGACACCAUUGAUUAUUCACAUGGCUCGGAUGACAUAUUUGAUGACGUAAAAUCAAAUUUCUCGGAUUUAAUCGAUGACGUGUUGGACAGUAUUGACAACAAUGAUCUCAUUAAAACUGAAUCUGUAUUGCAAGAAUCAGACAUGGUAACGAACAUUACAGAAUCUAAAGUGCUUGAACCUAUUCAGGAAGUGUUUGUUCAUACAGCUAAACAGUCGGCACCAGUGUCACCGGAUAAUUAUUUUGAACAAGUGAAAAUUCCAAAUGCGCAUACACUUCCAGCAUGUGUACCGUAUUUCAUUGCUCCAACUGCGUACCUAAACACGAACACUGGAUCAUUUCAUAUUGACUGUUACUGUCAUGUCUGUGAUAAAUACUUUCAGACAAAAUCAAGUCUCCGAGUGCACAUGCGUCAACACCGUGGAGAGCGCCCCCACCACUGUCCGUACUGUCAGAAAUCAUUCACACAAAAGUCUACUCUGCGCACGCAUGUGAGAACUCAUACUGGCGAACGUCCUUACACGUGCAAUUUCUGCGCACGCGCAUUCAGUGAUUAUAGCACAUUCCGAAAGCACGUGCGUGUUCACACAGGAGAAAAACCAUACACAUGUGACGUAUGUAAGAAAAGUUUUACACAGUCUGGAAAUAUGAUUCGGCAUAGGGAAGUGCACUUCAAGAAAUCACAUAAGAAACGGGAGUGUACGCUUCUACGAAAUAAAACUUCUAUC